UGUACACACAGGUAUUAAACUCUCUUGUAAAUGUACGUAGUGUAAAUUACCCCUUUAGAAAUGUGAAAUUGUUAAGGGAUGCAUUUGCUCAAUUGUUUGAUCUUAUUUGCAGUGUGGUUUUAAGUCAUGAGUCAACUACCUAGAUUCUGGAACCUGGGAUGGUCUUCCUUCAUUGACUGGUGGAGUAGUCAGAGUGCUUCAGAGCAAGACUAUGUGACAACUACAGGACCUUCUCAACCCUAUGGUCAGCAGCACCUGAAUGAACCUCUUCUGGACCACAGAGAGGGUCAGCUCUUCCUGACCGAGGCUUUUAAAGUCAUCCUUGAGGAGGUGCUAUGUAAGGGCAUAGACGUCAACGAGAAGGUGUGUGAGUGGCACGAGCCAGAGGAGUUGGCUACUCUGCUAGAUCUGGAGCUGAGAGAGUAUGGGGAGCAACAGCACCAGCUGCUGCAGAGAGUACGGGACGUGGCCAAGUACAGCGUCAAGACCAAUCAUCCGCGGUUCUUCAAUCAGCUCUUUGCAGGGGUGGACUACCAUGCCUUGACAGGACGAUUCCUUACGGAGGCUCUUAACACUAGCCAGUAUACCUAUGAAGUAGCGCCAGUGUUCGUCCUGAUGGAAGACGAGGUACUCUCCAAGCUACGUUCUCUAGUUGGGUGGGCACAGGGAGAUGGCAUCUUCUGCCCAGGCGGUACCAUGUCUAACAUGUAUGCCAUGAACCUAGCACGCUAUCGGGCCUUCCCAGAAGUUAAAAUUAAGGGGCAGUGGGCCCUCCCUCGACUGGCUGUCUUUACAUCUCAAGAGAGCCAUUACUCUGUGAUGAAAGCAGCUGCCUUUCAGGGUAUUGGGACAGAGAACGUGUUUAAGGUCAACGUGGAUGAUAGGGGUUGCAUGAUUACAGAUGACCUUAGUGACAAAAUUGAGCUGGCGAAAUCUCAAGGGGCAGUACCAUUCCUUGUCCAUGCCACGUCAGGAACGACUGUACAAGGUGCCUUCGACCCCCUGGAGCCCAUCGCUGACAUCUGUGACAGACAGGGGUUAUGGAUGCAUGUUGAUGCAGCCUGGGGAGGGAGUGUUCUCUUCUCAAAGGAACACAGACAUCUCAUGAGAGGAGUUGAGAGAGCCGAUUCAGUAACUUGGAAUCCACACAAGAUGAUGCUGACUGGCUUGCAGUGUUCAGCCAUUCUGCUCAAGGACACCACGGACCUGUUGAAACGUUGCCACAGUGCAGAUGCAACAUACCUCUUCCAGCAGGACAAGUUCUAUGACAUGAGUCUGGACACAGGGGACAAGUCGAUACAGUGCGGCCGUAAGGUUGACUGCCUGAAGCUGUGGUUGAUGUGGAAAGCUGUGGGGUCACAAGGCUUGGAAGAGCGUGUGGACAGGGCUUUCGCCCAUACAAGAUAUCUGGUGGAGAAGAUGAUGAAAAGAGAGGGCUUUCAACUUAUAGGAAAGCCUGAGUUUGUGAACGUGUGUUUCUGGUUCAUACCACCCAGUCUGAGGGGAAAGGAGAACAGUCCAGACUACCAGGACAGAUUGUCAAAGGUGGCUCCAGUGAUAAAGGAGCGUAUGAUUAAGCAGGGUACUAUGAUGGUGGGCUACCAGCCUCUGGGUGGACGAGUCAACUUCUUUCGCAUGAUAGUCAUCUCUCCGCAGCUCUCCUACCAAGACAUGACCUUCUUUCUGGAUGAGAUUGAGAGGCUAGGGAAUAAUCUAUGAUAGUCAUUCAAGUUAUCGCCUUGCAUCUCCAUUUAUGUCACUGACUCCUCUGGCUCCCAGAAUCAGAAAGUUUUCUAACAAUAAUAUUACUUGUUUUCUACAGUUUUGGGGGAAGCUACUUUGAAAAAAUAGUUUACUAAGCUACUAAUUACUUCACAAUGGAAGAAGUUAAGAUAUCCUUAAGAAAAACAAUUUACUUAACUAAAGUUACAUUGAAAAAGUAGCUCACUACAUACAAACUACUUUGUGAUAAAGUACAGUACCAGUCAAACAAGUCAUUCAAGGGUUUUAAAACAUUGGUGUUUUGUGGGUACUAUUUAAUGAAGCUGACAGUUGAGGACUUGUGAGGCGUCUGUUUCAUUAAACUAGACACUCUAAUGUACUUGUCCUCUUGCUCAGUUGUGCACCACCACUUGCUCAGUUGUGCAUAUAUUGUAUGGCCUUUAUGUAUUACUUGGUUGUAAAACAUGCAGGAGGUUCUUCUGAAAAAUACCCAUGACAGAUGCCAAGGGAAGCCUGAUCAAUGCCAUGAAGCAUUGAGACAGACAGAGGAGCCCAUGGGCUGUGGGCUGCAGCGGAACCAUGUCAACAUCCUGGACACGGUUGCAUGGACGAAGUGGCCCCUGCAUAAACAGUGAACUUGAGUGACCCAACGUGCCUGGAUUAAAGAUGGCCUUGUCUGAGAAGGGUGGAUGCGUACUCAAUGUGUCUGCUUAUGUUAAUGUUUAAGCAGUUGUGUGAGUGUGUACGGUGGGGAGGGGUGGUGGGGUGGAGCUAAGGCUUUGCAGCUGACAUGGGUGUGAUGCAUAAAAACACUCUGCUGGGGUCACAAGUCCAUGAAGAAGCUUUCUCUGAGGCCAGUUCCUGCAGGGCCGGCCUUAGCCUUUUCAGGUCCCUCAGCAAAGUUUGGUUGGGGGGCCCCCCACUUUGAUGGUGGAGAGCAAAAAAAUUACAUUUUUAAAGUAAAUUUCCUACAAUUCUACACAUUUUGCAAAGUGGCUGAGAAUUGUUUUAGUCAUUUAAUAAUUUUGCCAUGCGGUGGAGCUAAUGUUUUACCUUUUUAAAGCUAAUUUCCUGAAAUUGUA